CGAGGCGGAAGCGGCGCCUCAUCUCCGUUGGCGUCGGAGCGCGGCGGCGGCGGCGGCUCGCGGUGCCUGGGCCCAUGAGCGUGUCCCUGGUGGUGAUCCGGCUGGAGCUGGCCGAGCACUCGCCGCUGCCCGGCGGCUUCGCCUACAGCGCGGCCGCUCCAGAGAUGGCCGCGGAGGGCCCUGGGGCGGCCGUCCCAGCCUGCUUGGAGGGGAAGGGCCCUGGGGAGCGGGCAGCUAUCCUCCACCAGCACCUUGGCCGCAGGGAGAUGACCGACGUGAUCAUCGAGACCAUCCAGCCCCGGCCAGAUGAAACAAAAGCUGCCAUGGAAGGAAGAAAAUCUUCAGAGGCUACAUCUGCUGAGGACAAAAAUAAACAUGACGAUCAAAGUAAAGAGCGUGAGGCUGCUCCAGACUCGCCUUCAAAACAGCUCCCUGACCAGAUUUCCUUCUUCAGCGGGAAUCCAUCAGUUGAAAUAGUUCAUGGCAUUAUGCAUCUGUACAAAACAAACAAGAUGACCUCCUUAAAAGAAGAUGUAAGGCGCAGUGCCAUGCUGUGCAUCCUCACAGUCCCUGCUACAAUGACCAGUCAUGACCUGAUGAAGUUUGUGGCCUCUUUCUAUGAAGUAAUUGAGCAUAUGAAAAUCAUCAGAGAUUCUACUCCAAACCAGUACAUGGUGCUGAUAAAGUUUAGCUCACAGGCUGAUGCAGAUAGCUUUUAUAUGGCAUGCAAUGGUCGGCAGUUCAACUCUAUAGAGGAAGAUGUUUGCCAGCUGGUGUACGUAGAAAGAGCUGAAGUCUUCAAAUCGGAAGAUGGGGCUAGCCUGCCUGUAAUGGAUCUCACAGAGCUCCCAAAGUGCACAGUGUGCCUGGAGAGGAUGGAUGAGUCUGUGAAUGGGAUCCUUACCACGCUGUGUAACCACAGCUUUCACAGCCAGUGUCUGCAGCGGUGGGAGGAUACCACGUGUCCUGUCUGCAGAUACUGCCAAACGCCUGAGCCAGUGGAAGAGAACAAGUGUUUUGAGUGUGGAGUUCAAGAAAACCUUUGGAUCUGUUUAAUCUGUGGGCACAUAGGCUGUGGCCGGUAUGUAAGUCGACAUGCUUACAAACAUUUUGAGGAGACCCAGCACACCUAUGCAAUGCAGCUGACCAACCACAGAGUCUGGGAUUAUGCUGGAGAUAACUAUGUCCAUCGACUGGUUGCAAGUAAAACUGAUGGGAAGAUAGUUCAGUAUGAGUGUGAGGGAGAUAUGUGUCAGGAAGAGAAAAUUGAUGCCUUACAAUUAGAGUACUCAUAUCUGCUAACAAGCCAGCUGGAAUCACAGCGAAUCUAUUGGGAAAACAAGAUCGUCCGAAUAGAAAAGGAUACGGCUGAAGAGAUUAACAACAUGAAGUCCAAAUUUAAAGAGACCAUUGAGAAGUGUGACAGUCUGGAACAGAGGCUGAAUGACUUGCUCAAAGAAAAGCAGUCUGUCGAAAGGAAGUGUUCUCAGCUGAAUAACAAAGUGGCUAAACUUUCCAAUGAACUGAAAGAGGAGCAAGAACUGAACAAGUGUUUGCGAGCAAAUCAAGCCUUGCUUCAGAACAAACUAAAGGAGGAGGAGAGAGUGUUAAAGGAAACCUGUGAACAGAAGGACCUGCAGAUCUCAGAAAUCCAGGAGCAGUUGCGGGAUGUCAUGUUCUACUUAGAGACACAACAGAAAAUCAAUCACCUCCCAGCUGAGACCCGACAGGAGAUCCAGGAAGGACAGAUCAACAUUGCAGUGGCAUCUUCUGCCAGCUCCUCCACGGGGGGUAUGGGCAAACCUUCUUCCCGGAGAGGCCGCGGUAAGAGGGGCAAAUGAGAGUCGGAACACACCACUGCCACAUGAAAACUGGCCACGCUCCUGGCAGGCCAGGUCUAUCUCUUGGGACUCUGGCUGUGAACGCCCAGUUCAGUAAAGCUCAGCUAGAAAUUGUCUUCAGAGCUUCUCAUAAAACUGGUUGCCAGUCAAUGGAGGUGUCUGUGGUAUUUAAAAGCAUUUCACUGCACUAUUUAGCUACUUUUAGGCUGAUGUUAAAGACCAUUUUGCCUCCCUACCUUUUCAAAGCCCCUCCUAUGAUGCAUUUGACUUUCUUGGAGAUCGUGCUGUUCUGGGGGUCGGUGUGUAUGUGUGGCAGAGGGGUGGGGAAGGGCACAUACAUGUGUUAAACAUCACAUUCCCUAUGGGGGUGUUGUAGACUAGACCUAAUGUUUAAGGCUUCCCAGGUCCUUCUCCCCUGCCUCCUAUGGAUUACAAGUAUUCUCAAUGGUUUUAUUUAAGAAAAAAUGUAAAUUAGAUUGUGUACCUCUUCUUUUAGUAUAUGCAGUCCAGACGCUGCAGAACUGUUAGUGCAGGAGUAAGACUGUAGUUUGGAAAUAAAAAGGAGCGUGGUGUGGAAAAUAAACUAUCUUAGUGGUGUAAGAAACUAAAUGAGUACUAAAGGAUGCUAUCUAGGGUAUUAAAUGUUUUAAGGGACUUUGCUGAGCUACUACUUCAUUUUAAAGAUGGCCCUUAAAAGCCAGUGCUAACUGCCUUUGGGGCAGAGAGCAUCAAAGGCUUUAAACUCUGCAAAUUGUCUAACAUGGUUAUUUUUCAGGCAUUUCUGUAAGUUAAAUAGAACCUUCUUUACAAAGACUAGUAGAUACUGAGUACGAACAGCCAUGGCAGUGUCCUGAUUUUCCCAGAGUGGUGCAUACACUUUCCCUCUGUCAGCUGCACUAGGAAUAUGUUGGUAUAUGCUCCAGUGCUGCCCUCAAACUGAGGUGGGGAGGGUGACUAACACAGCGUUUUCUGCAUUCGCUUCCUACGUGCCAGUACUCAGCCUUUGCACGAGCUGCCAGCCCCAGCCUGCAGGGCUGCCGCGCUCCGGGCUCGGCCUGCGGAGCCGAAUGCGCUGCCCUGCACCAGGACCCUCACCGGUAGGUGCAGCGGUUGUAUCCAGUUGCUGUGAUCACACAACAUGAAAUAUGGCUCUAUCCAAAAUCUUGGUUGGCAAAACCAUUGUUGUUUGCUCAAAAGUGCACAGACUCCUUAAAGGAAAUCUGUGGAAAAAUCUGUCUUUUUUCGUCUUCGGAGGCAUACUGAAUGUGAUGCUCUGGAGUGGGAACGGUUUUACGCUGACUGGAGAAGCAAAUGUCCUUGAUGCUGUGUUGCGCUCACAGCCUGAGAGUUUAAGGCUGCACCUUUGUGUAAAAAAAAAAAAAAAAAAAAAAAAAAAUGGCUGGGGAGUUCUCGGAUCGUAGCACGAUCCUUUUCGUGCUAUCCCACGUUAGAGCUGUGGGAACAGCCUUGACGUUAGGCUGUAACACUGAAAAUGCAGCUGCAACUUACCAGCUCCAAACUGGAGCAAAAAAAUAAAACAACUAGUCUUUGACAGAAAUUCUUUUUGGCCAAUGGAAAGGAAUGAGUUAUAAUAAGUAGAACUCUAGUAAGGUCUUUAUUUAAUCUGCUUCAUGACUGGCAGAGUUUACUUCUUUUGGGAAGUAUCAGACUUCCUUACUUUGAAAUACGUGACUCUUGUUAAUGCACUCACGUGUCCGUUGUUUUGGUUUGAAGAUCUGCCCCAAUCAUCCGGAACUUCUACCUUUUCUAACUUUGUAGCAUGAAUGUGCACCAACUCUUUUCUAGUGUGUGGAUUGUACAACCAGGCCUCUGCCUUCUGUAAGAUAUUCUAAAGAGUUAGAGAUAUACAACACAGCUUGCUCUCCUAUAGAAACUAUUUUAUUUAAGAUAUAUUUUUCCACCAUCUAAGAUCCUCCUACCUUUUGCUGAAAGCUUGCUUUAUGUAGAACACUGAGAUGCUGAACUGUAUCUUGGAAUUCAUUUUCAAAAAAUGUGAUUGAAAAAUUAAAA